AUGUCUGUUACCUGUCACAGCUCCUGCUGGUCCUGCUCCGGCUCCGCUGUGUCCCAGUGUUCCCUCUGUACCCAGGGACUGUCCUUCCACCAGGGCCAGUGUCUGGAGGCCUGCGGACAGGGGCUGUACCAUCAGGAUGGGACCUGCCUCAAAUGCCACACUUCCUGUUUACAGUGCACAGGAGGAAGUAGUCAGAACUGUACUUCCUGUUCCCCGCCCUACGUCCUCCAGGAAGGCCAGUGCGUCUCCAGAUGUCCCCCAGGACACACCGUCCAGGACAACACCUGCCAAGGGUGCCACCCGUCCUGCCAGGAGUGUUCAGGUACGUCCCAGGCUGACUGUGUAUCCUGCUCCCCCCUGGCCAACUUCAACAACGGCUACUGCAGGACUAGCUGUCCAGAUGGACUGUUCUUACACCCCCAAGGAUUCUGCCAGGAAUGCAGCAGUAAUUGCCAGCGCUGUGUGGCAGACCUCCAGACGGGCAUGGGCAGUGUGUGUCUGUGGUGUAAGAUUGCUAGGACCCUGUUGCUGGGAGACCACUGUGUCACCCACUGUCCCCAAGGUCACUACCCCUGGCAUGGAGCCUGUAAGAGAUGCCAUGUUUCCUGUGAGGGUUGCAGUGGGGAGUGGCCUCUGUCUUGUACUUCCUGUCCCUCUCCCAGCGUUCUACUGACCUCAGGUCUCUGUGGCCCCGCCUGCCCCUUGGGUUACUAUGCCGACAGAGACAGACGCUGCAGAGCCUGUGACGGUCAGUGUCUGUCCUGUGAGCUGAGCGGUGUGUGUACGGCGUGCCGUGACCCGGGGAAGGUUCUACUGUUUGGAGAGUGCCGGUAUGACAGCUGUGCCUACCAGUACUACCUCAACACCACCACGCGCACCUGCAGAGAGUGUGACUGGAGCUGUAAUGAGUGUAAGGGUCCUCUGCGUACUGACUGCCUGCAGUGUAUGGAGGGACAUGUUCUGCAGGACGGACUCUGUGUCCAGGGCUGCUCCUCAGGGUCCUACCAGGAUGGAGAGAGAUGCCUCAGUUGUGAUGAGCAGUGUGAGGGAUGCCAGGGCCCAGGUCAGUGUGGGCGGUGCCAGCCUCCCUAUGCCACCCUGCGGGGUCGCUGUGUGUUGGAGUGUGGAAGGACCUACUUUCUGGACUCCUCUCUACAGCUUUGUACAUCAUGCUCUGCUGACUGUGUGGAGUGUGAGAGGAUGGGUCGUUGCACCGUUUGUAGACAGGACACCUACCUAAGAAACGGAUACUGCACUCCGGACUGUGGACACGGUUUCUAUGCUGAUAAGAAGACCUGGACAUGCCAUGGUCUGUUGGAGUACAGUCAUGAAAAGGGAGAUGAAGGAGGGAGCGUCUCCGUCAAGUUCAACCUGGUGGAUCCAGACGGCAACAAACUGAUCGACCAGUCUUUCUACAUCUCUAUACUAGAGGACCACCUGCCUCCCUCUGUGGUAGUAAAUAAGGGUCUGGUGUUGGAUGAGAACUCAGUGAAGAAGCUGACUACUCUCCAGCUGUCAGCUACAGCCCAGGACAGUGAGCCUGGAGAACUGCUGUACCGCAUCACCAAGCAGACUGCACUGGGACACCUGGAGCACGCCAGAACCCCAGGAAGCCGAAUUACUUCCUUCUCCCAGGCUGACCUGGCUUCACGUAGCAUCCAGUACGUUCACACCAGCGAAGAAGAGAAGCACACAGACGAGUUCUCAUUCAUAGUAUCUGACGGGGCUAAUGAGGUUGCCCAGACGUUCUACAUCACCAUCCGGCCGGUGGAUGACUCCCUCCCCCUGCUGGUGGUUCCUGGGAUGAGGGUUCAGGAGGGGGUCAGGAAGACCAUCACUGAGUUUGAACUGAAAGCCACUGACGCUGACACAGAGGAGGAGUCCAUCACCUUCACCGUAGUCCAGGCUCCCCGUCACGGCACCAUGGAAUGGACCAACAACGGACAGCACUACCGUCAGACCAACAGCUUCUCCAUGGACGACGUCUACCAGAACAGAAUCAGCUACAACCACGAUGGAUCCAACUCACUGAAGGACAGAUUCACCUUCACUGUAGCUGACGGGACCAACGUCUUCUUUAUGGUGGAGGAGGCAGGCAAGGAGGCCACCAACCUGAUCAGUAAGAAGGAGCUGUUGACCAUGGACCCAGACACAGACGAUGGUCAGCUGGUCUAUGAGGUCACAGCAGAGCCUAAACACGGCUUCCUGCAGAGCAAACUGAAACCUGGCGCUCCCAUCACCACCUUCACACAAGCUGACGUUAACCAGGGCUUGAUCCGCUACGUGCUCUUUGAAGAGAGCGUGACAGAGACCGUGGACAACUUUAAGUUCCUGGUGAAGGACGGCAAGCCCAACGUUGUCUCUGAUAACCUGUUCCAUAUCCAGUGGUCCUUCGUCAGCUUCCAGCACAGGAGCUACAAUGUGAGUGAGAAGGCUGGCACGGUGUCGGUCACAGUGAAGAGGACGGGUAACCUGAACCAGUAUGCCAUCGUGCUGUGUCGUACGGAACAGGGCACCGCCACCUCCACCUCCAGUGUGGGCUCUCUCCCCGGACAGCACGACUACGUGGAGUAUGCUGGGCAGGUCCAGUUUGACGAGCGGGAGGACACCAAGGUGUGUACCGUAGAGAUCCAGGACGACAAGGUGUUUGAAGGUGUGGAGAGUUUCCAGAUGGAGCUGAGCAUGCCCGUCUACGCCCUCCUGGGUCAAGUGACCUGCGCCAGCGUCAACAUCAACGACACAGAGGACGAACCCACGCUGCAGUUUGACAAGAAGACCUACCAUGUCAACGAGGGUACCGGGUUCAUACACGCCCCUAUAGAGAGGAAAGGUGACACCAGCAGUACGGUCUCGGCUCUCUGUCACACGGUCCCUAAGUCAGCUAAGGGAAGCAGUCCACACGACCUGGAGUCUGGGUCUGACUAUAAGAGUCGAGGUAUGACUGGCGACAGCAGGGUCAUCUUCGGCCCCGGUGUCUCCGUGUCCACCUGCGACGUCAAGCUCAUCGACGACAGCGAAUACGAACUCUCAGAGGAGUUUGAGCUCCACCUGUCGGAUGCUUCGGAUAACGCCCGCAUGGGCGAUGUCAGCGUGGCGACGGUGGUUAUCGACGGGCCAAAUGAUGCUUCGACGGUAUCCCUGGGAAACGCUACGUUUACAUUCAGCGAGGACGCCGGCACCAUAGAGAUCCCAGUGAUGCGUCAGGGCAGUGACCUGUCGUCAGUGACCUCUGUGUGGUGCGCCACGCGCCCCUCUGACCCCCCCUCCGCCACCCCCGGGGUCGACUACAUCCCCUCCUCCAGGAGGGUGGAGUUCAAAGCUGGAAAGACUAUGGAGACGUGCAGUCUGACCAUCAUGGAUGACAUCCAGAACCCAGCCAUGGAGGGGUCUGAGUCCUUUGUUGUGUUCCUCUCCUCCCCUCAGGGGGCCGUCCUUCUGGAACCUUUCCAAGCCUCCGUGGUCAUCACGGACACCUUGGACCUUCCCAGCAUGCAGUUUGAGAAGACGGCGUACAAGGUGACGGAGAAGGAGGGCGUACUGGACAUCCCCGUCAUUCGAACGGGAGACCUGACGGUCAAGUCCUCUGUCCGCUGCUUCACUCGCACCAUGUCUGCCAUGGUGAUGGACGACUUCGAGGAGAGGAGAAACGCAGACGACUCACGUAUCUCCUUCCUCCAGGGAGAGAAGGUAAAGAACUGCACGGUGCACAUCAACGACGACUCUGUGUUCGAGCCUGAGGAGGAGUUCCAGGUGCAUCUUGGGACGCCGCUUGGGGACCAAUGGAGUGGAGCCAUGGUGGGAGUUAGUGACGUUGUCACGGUAACCAUCACUAACGACGAAGACGCCCCCACCAUAAAGUUUGAGCAGACGUCGUACCAGGUGAGGGAGCCUCCCGGGCCAGACGGCGUCGAGGUGCUUCACAUCAAGGUGGUCAGGACAGGAGACCAGGACCGCACCUCCAAGGUCCGCUGUAGCACCCGGGACGGAUCAGCCCAGUCCGGAGUGGACUACAACCCCAAGAGCAGAGUGCUCAAGUUCACCCCUGGCAUGGACCACAUCCUGUUCAAUGUGGAGAUUCUGUCCAAUGAGGACAGAGAGUGGCACGAGUCCUUCUCGUUGGUCCUCGGCCCUGACGACCCAGUGGAGGCGGUGCUUGGAGAGAUCACCACGGCAACAGUCACCAUCCUGGACCAGGAAGCUGUGGGGAGUCUCAUCCUACCGGCCACGCCCAUUGUGGUUUCUCUGUCAGACUAUGAUAACGUGGCUGAAGUGUCCAGGGAGGGCAGUAAGAAGCAGCCGUCGCCUGGUUACCCACUGGUGUGUGUGACGCCCUGUGACCCCCACUACCCCAAAUACUCUGUGAUGAGGGAGCGCUGCGGCGAGGCAGGCAUUAACCAGACCUCUGUUCACUUCUCCUGGGAGGUGGCUGCCCCUACAGACACCAAUGGGGCCAGGUCACCCUUCGAGACCGUCACUGAUACCACACCCUAUACUGGUGUUAACCAUAUGGUCCUGGACAGUAUCUAUUUCUCUCGGCGGUUCCAUGUACGCUGUGUGGCUCAGGCCCGGGACAAGUCCGGCCAUCUUGGAACACCCCUGAGGAGUAACAUAGCAACCGUCAGCACCGAGUGUUCCAUCUGCCACACCCCCGUCACCACGGGAACCGCCAGAGGGUUCCAGGCCCAGUCGUUCAUCGCCACGCUGAAGUACCUGGACGUCAAACACAAGAGGCAUCCGAACCGUAUCCACAUCUCGGUGCAGAUCCCCCACCAGGACGGUAUGCUGCCCCUAUUGUCCAGCAUGCCCCUCCACAACCUGCACUUCCUGCUGUCAGAGUCCAUCUACAGACAACAGCACGUCUGUUCUAACCUGGUCACUCUCAAAGACCUGCAGGGUGUCUCCGAGACGGGUUUCCUGGAUGAUGUCCAGUAUGACAGUAUCUCUCUGGGUCCGGGUUAUGACAGACCCUACCAGUUCAACCCCGGUGUCCGAGAGGCUAAGAGCAUCCAGCUGUAUAAACACCUCAACAUGAGGAGCUGCAUCUGGACCUUCGAUGCCUACUACGACAUGACGGAACUCAUCGACGUCUGUGGAGGCUCAGUCACUGCCGACUUCCAGGCGAGGGACUCGGCCCAGUCGUUCCUGACGGUGCAGGUUCCUCUCUAUGUGUCGUAUAUCUACGUAACAGCUCCCAGGGGCUGGGCUUCUCUGGAACACCACACUGAAAUGGAGUUCUCUUUCUUCUACGACACCGUGCUCUGGAGGACAGAGAGAAUAGAGUAG